GUUGCCGUUGCGAACAGAAGAAUACGAGCAUCGUUAUCGAAGUCUAAUUAAUGAAGUAUCCACUCGUAGCUUACUCUACCUCUACGCACAUAUUAGUUUGAAAAUGAUUGCUCCCCGAACAUCAGAGGCAUGGCGUUAUUACGCCACUCUGCAUCUGCGACCGCUUACAAUGUCCUCAAAGCCUAGUCGCAUUUUGGCAUCCCCCAGGACAGCUCUCUGCACCACCAGAAGCGCCUCCUCUUCUUCAACUCCUGGGAAACGGAAUAAGGCGCCAUCUAAAGGCAUCGUCAUCAAGAAUCGAGCGGCAAUGUCAGACACGGCCACUAUGAAUACGGGUGCGCUAUUGGAGGCGAUGGAGAGUUUGGUGGGAGAAGAGUACAGCGAGCCAAAUGAUAAGGAAGAGCAGAAAGACAUGAAGAAGAUGAAAAUUAAGCUUGGUCAAACCUUCCAACUUUUGGACCGGUAUCUUGUUCGAGCAGCUGCGCUAUUGCCCAGUUUUUCGGCUAUAGAGUUGGCAAAGUUUUUGCUCGAUGUGGGGACGCUAGUUGGCAAAAUGAAGACUACGUGUCUGUUGACAGAUAAGGCUUUCGUCCCUGUGACAGCCCCAUUCGUUUUUCUCGAGGAGCUAAGCCUGUAUGUCCAAGAUGAGACAAAUUUUCCAAAGGUAAAUGACGCAAUUCUCGUUUUGAAGGCCAUUUCGAGAUUGGAGGUUGAGUUCCUGUUCUCCUCGAGGACGAAUUCAUCUGGAGAUGUUCCUCUUGACAACAACAUGCUGCAGCCUUUAUAUGAUCAUAUAGGCGACCAGCUGGAUGCCAUGACAGGACCAGAUGCUGCUCAGGUUUUGGAAGCCUCUGUAGAAUUGUUGUCAAGUGGUGAGCCAUGUCUUAAAGAUGAUGAUUCUCACGGGAUCCUCGAGGACGACACAUCAAGAACCGUAGUCGACAUCGCACUACUUCGAGCCUUAGUGGAGCGAGUAUGUGAUCAUACUGAAAGAAGCCUGAAUUUUGCCAGCAGGAGAGGGCUUCCGGAACACGAGAGUGAUUUAACCUCUUCCAGUUCGUUCGUCGCAGCUAAAAUGCCCCAGACAAGCACAAGCUUACUCAGUUGCGACCACGAUCAAGUAAACCGUAUGGUUGGCGCUGUGACGAAGUUAAGGGAGCACAAUCUUCAAGGUGACUUCUUGGCUUCCCGGCUGCUUCUCAACGUUGCUCGAGUUACGACUCGUCUAGGUCGAAACAAACGCAUGGCUCCAGGGACGACGAUCAAGAGACUGAAAAUACUGGCAGAGCAGUUCCAGUUGCCUUUAGCUUUGCCUCUCGUGGUGCAUGGAGCAAAUCACCGAUAUCUACCUUUGCUGCCCUGUACUCUCGCUGGCCAGCUGAGCAACGUUGCCAGUGACCUAAGCAUGGCACAGAUGCAAAUAGCUUUAGAGGAUCUUGCGAGAUUGUUAAGCGUGUUAAGUAAGUCUCAAGCUUGUGACGCUGACGCCUUCGCCGUGGUCCUUUGUCUAGGACACACUCUAGAUCCGUUUCUUUCAACCAUGAUGAGAAGACUGCAUGGUUCUAGUACCAGAACAAGUCCUCGAUCCAACCCUGAAUAUGAAACUCCACGAUCAUCUCAAUGUCUUUUGUACUCGGGCAUAGAGCCAUAUUUGAAAAAUUCUGCUGUCUUUCCAAUAUUCACAAGGGUUUUUGCUGAAACUACAAGUAAAACGAGGAAUCAAAUCUGUUAGAAAAAGACACCGUUGAGACGGAG